AAAAGAAUACUUUCAUUAUACAUCAAGAACCAAAUGCAAAGCAACUUAUAAUACCGUACAAUUUGAGCAAAUCUCAAACCUCCAAAGCUUUUAUUCAUGGAGGGUUUGCUCAAGCAGAUCAGCACGAUAAUUUUUCGUGAGAAGGAAAAUGAAGCACAAACUUCACGCGUGAUUAGAGAUCGAAAGAUUUCAUCUCGAAGAACCCGAAGUUCCAAAGAAGACCGUCGAAAAGGCCAAAAUUGGCACCAAAGACAACCUUCUCGCGAAACAAGUCGUGACUACGAUAAAAUGGAGGGUGAGGAGUUUCGAACUGCUGUCGCAGCUGCUGCAUUUGCAGUUAAUUCUAUCGAAAACAAAGAAGAUGAAAUGAAACAAGACUCGGGUUCAAAUUCUAGGAAAUCCUCUGAAAUCCAAGAGGUAUCACCAAGACCGCAAACUAACGAAGAUCUCCAAGGUGAAGCUAAUAAUCAUCCAACAACAACAAUGAUUAAGAUGAAACCCGACAACAAUGUGUCAAAAAAGAGUAUUGGUUCCACCAUGUCAAUCGACAAAACUCCUAAUUUUUUUGUAGAUAAACAAUUGGACGAAGAAACUAGUCAGUUAGAUCUUGAGAAGAGACUUGGAGAUAUUUGGGAAAAAACUGAAUUGCAAAAGAUCAAAGAACGGUUUACGAAAGUGAAAGCGAUAAUAUCCGAGUGGGAGAAUAAAAAGAAGUUGAGAGCAAAGAAAAAAUUGAUAAAGAAAGAGGGUAAGCUAGAGUGGAAAAGAGCUCGAGAACUGCAAGAUUUCAUGAGAAAGAUGCAGACGAUUGAAAAUAUCUCCAGAGGAGCAAUAUCACAGACAGAGGAGAACCGAAGAAAUGAAGAAGAUAGAGUUAAAGAGAAUGCAAAUAUGAUUCGAUCAACUGGAAAAAUCCAAAAACCAAUAUACUUAUGUUGUUGGUUCUAGCGUAACGCUUCUCCACCACAAAUUGUUGAUAUCCAACAAAAUAUUUGGUAUUGUCGCUAAAUGUUUGAUAUCCAUCAAGAUCAUAUAUAUUAUAUCAGAUUGCUUUUGAGUGAUAAAUUCUUGUAGGUGUUAUGAAUUCAACUGGAAAACAUAUUAUUUGAUCUGUAUUGUUUAUUGCUUUGGUCGAUUAAGACAUGUUUUUAAUUUCUUAUUAAGUCUUGUACGUGAAAGUGAUUAAAUAAAUGUAUGAGUAAAUAAACCGA